GGAAUCCUUGGACAGAUGCUCCCCCCUCCCUCCCCUCUCCUCUGUAGCAUGCAAAGGCCCAGCCAGUCAGCCAGCCAGCCAGCAGCCGGGCCUCAACACCAUCUCACCGACCCUGCGUGCCUGGUGAGCCAGCCAUAGUUUUGAAGCGGUCUACUGCAAUCUUUCUCUCCCAACCUUCAACUUUUUCCCUCCUGCCUCCCGCCUCACUACAUCGUGCACCAGCACUUUUUCGAACCAUCGUCGGCGUCGCGCGCGAACAGACAAUCUCGGACCCCAUAUUACACUAGUAGAUAGAACCCACCACGAGCGUAUCUUAUCUCCAAAACGCGGGGUUUCGGACGGAGGACGUAGCCCCCACACACGUUCGCUCGUCGACGACUACAACAUCUCGAACGACCACAACGACCGAACUCUUUGCUACUAUUCCAGUUAUUUCGGUUUCUUUCAACUUAUUCCCUGGCGUACUUUCUACUUUUUAUUAUUAUUAGCGUAUCAGAAUGGACGGACACCAGCGCGACGAGCGCGCGGGACAACAGAGCAUGCAGAACGGCAGGGUGUCGGUGAACGGAGCACAGCUCGCAGUAGGCCCACGCAGACGAAAUGACGAAUCAUGGGUUGAAAUUUCGUCGCAACCGUCCUCGUCGUCCCUCUCGUCUAUCGGCGACGAUAUCGUCACGACAGGUCUCCGCGUCGGCGGGUCCAUGGCUGCCCGCCGACGUCGCUUACAUCACCAGAGCCAGCCUGUGCCGCGAUCUUUCCAUGUCGACCAAACGGCCAUUCACGCCGGCACAAGCAGUCAAGAGGAAUACGAGGAGAGCGAAAGCGAGGAGGAUCGAUGCCUGACAAGCUCGACCGAGAACGUUCAGCCUUUCUUGCGUGCGUCAUUCCAGCAACAGCAGCUGUCCCGAGGGGAAUCGGAGGAUUCCGACGACAGCGAUGAGAUCGCCACAGCCCUGGGGCGUGUCCCCGACGAUCCUGUCUUCAGACCCCAGCCAAACGCCUUUUCUCAUCCGCCCUCGGGUUUGAACAGAAGUCACUCGGCCAACUCGGCGAUCCACCAACAUCCGCACAGCGGUGUGCGGCCUGCCCUCUCCCAACGAUCACAGACCAGAGUCCAGCGCGGCCCGCCCAACUUUAUGUCUCCCGCCUAUCAAGCUGACAACGACGCGGCUCUUCGUGCGUCGCUCACCACCCUUCUGUCAUGCGCCGCUGCAGCCCGCGGUCUGCCCAAGUAUAAGGAUACUGAGCGACAAGGCGUUCCGUCGGCGCACGCCGGGGUCGGACCUAGCUCCCAACCUGUUGAGUUACGGCUGAUGCCCGAAUCUGAGCUCAUGACUGAGAAACCUACCCAAACUCAAGGCGCCCCGUCUGCCAAGUCACCUGUCGCGCGCACACGGACGACGACAACGUCUUCUGCCUCCCCAUCACCCAGGAGCGACGGUGUCGACAAGCACAAGCGUACUCCUUCACAAACCCGGUCUUCGAGAGCGGCCAAGAAAAAGAAGGUGGCGGCGAGUGAUGACGCUCUCAUCAGCCCGACGUUGCUGACGUGGGUCGUGAGCGCUGGUGUCGUAGUGCUGGUGUCCGUGGUGGGAUUCGGCGCUGGCUACGUGAUCGGCCGCGAAGUUGGACGCCAGGAAGCUCUCUCGGCAGGUGUGGGCGUCAACGCCUCGACUGUGGCGGACUCUUCGUCGUGCGGGCGAGAAGUUAUUCGGUCGUCCGGCGGCGGUCUUCGCCGCUUGAGGUGGGGUGCGGGGGUUGGUCGCAGCGUUGUCGCUUGAGAAGUUCUGAAUCAGCGUCGAUCGUGCAACGUGCUGUCUGAAUCAUGAAGCGUCGGAUGCUAUUUACGUACGGACGGAUCCGGGAUAUUGGACCUUGCGAGGCCUUCCGGGUCUUUGUCUUCCACGCAAACCUUACUGCUGGUCCUCUUUUUUCUUCAUUGCGACGAAUAUAGACGACUGACUGAUUAUUCUACUCAUGGAUACCUAUUCUUCCCCUAUGCCGGGGAAUAAAUGCGGAACAUACCUGGCAAACGAAAAUGGGGAUUCAGGGGCAGCGGUUGACAUUUGAGUUAUUUUUCUUCUUUUCAUUUCUUGCCCCCUACCGCUUCUCCGUCCUCUCUCCUCACUUGCUAUGUGAAAUGAUCUCCAGAUCUGGGGGGUGGGAGCGGAAGUGGAAACGGCCAAGGACUGGCCCGGCAUGGCAUGAAAGCUUUUCUUCUCUUGUCUUUCUAUCUUUCAUUGCGGGGAUCUCGAAUCUAAUCUGGGCGGGCCUCUGGGAGGAGGGGUGUUGGAAGAGAGAAAUCGAAAUGAAAGCGAGGCGUGAGGUUAUCGGAUCAUUCAAAGUCGUGGGCCUUUGGGAGUCUGCGCAAACAAGGCUUGCCUCGUCGACGCCAUCAAGGGUUGAUUGAUGCUUUGAUUUCUUUUCCCCUCCCAUGAGCCUCGUGUUCCCAUCACCCAACAAUCUGGCCGGCGGGCAUAUCUGAAACCUUGCUUUGCGGGAUGGCUCUCCUCAACUAGGCUUUUCCUAGGGUAGUUUAAUACACGAGGGCAUGGUUUUACGGUUCACCUUCUGCAGCAGGUCGUGUCUACUUCCGCGCAUAUGUGAGAGGUUGGCUGUGGAUUCCAUCCGUGUUGUUCUCGCCGGGAUGCGUAAUUUCUUCCAUGUCGCUGAUUCCGACAAGUUCA